AUGGCGCUCCCCGGGCUGCACCGCGCCGAGCUCGUGCUCUUCGCCGCCGCCUUCCUGGCUGGGGCCGUGGUGGCUGCCGCAGUCUUCCGGACGCAGGGCUCCUUCAAUGGCCAAUGCCCCAUCUAUGGCACCACCACCUGGAACGGCUCCAGCCUGGCCUUGUCCAGCUCCUCAGCCCCUUCCCUCUGCCUCUUCGUAGCUGGGGUCUCCGGCCUCCUGGCCCUCUACUGCCUCCUGCUGUUGCUCUACUGGACCUACAGUAGCUGCCUUGAAGAUGCCCACAGAAGUGCCCUUGGCCUCCGCAUCUCCCUGGCCUUGUCAGCUGCAGCCAUCUUCCUGGUGCUCGUGUCAGCCUGCAUCCUGCGAUUUGGCACCAAGUCCCUCUGUGCCUCCAUCUUGAGCUCUAAAAUUGUGACCUGCUGCUCUGAGGCCCAGAAGCUUCCCUGGAAACCCCCUGUCUCCGGCCUGCACUUCUACUCCAUCCUGUACGACGCGGAAGCCUCCGCCUGGGUGACCCUUGGGCUGUGGUGCCUUGUGCUGGCCCUGCAGCUGCUGCAGUGGAAGUGGGAAGGGCCCCCUUACCGGCCCCUGGAGCGAGGGGACCCUGAGUGGAGCUCCGAGACAGACGCCCUCUUUGGAGCUCGAUCCCCCGACCCAUCCCUGAAGAGCCUGAGGUAGUGGCCAAAGACUGGACACCCAAGUGCCUAGGCUGGAGGGCCAGCGCCCUGCCCUCCGCCUCCCCAGCCAAUGAAAAGUCAGAGGGA